UUUUAGUACCUCCAUCCCAAGCAGAGAGAAGCAGCAGACUUUGAACCAGCCUGAGACCCUCCACAUCUCACCAUGCUCUGCUUUAUGUUAUUACCACUGUUCGCGGUGUCUUCAGCGGACCGGCUGCCCCGCAGCUGCGGCACCUGCGACCCGAGUCAGUGCGCUCCGCUGCCGGCCGAGGGCUGCUCGUCAGGGGCGCUGUUGGACGCGUGCGGCUGCUGCGAGAUCUGCGCGUCUGGAGCGGGAGAGCCGUGCGGAGGACGCGGACCCUCGGCCAAGCGCUGCGCGUCGGGACUCGAGUGCGUCAAGAGCGACAAAGACAAGAAGACCAAAUCAGGGGUGUGUGUGUGCAAGAGCAACUAUCCCGUGUGCGGCACUGAUGGCGUCAACUAUAACAGCGGCUGCGCGCUCAAAGAAGCGAGUGUGAAAGCAGUGAAGGAGAAACAAACCGAGAUUAAGAUUCAGAACAAGGGCAAAUGCGCUCAAGGACCGGUUAUAGUGACAGCUCCUGGCGAGGUCUGGAACGUGACCGGUUCACAGGUCUUCCUAAGCUGUGAAGCCACUGGGAUACCAACACCAGUGCUCACCUGGAGAAAGGUAUCUGACAGCAAAGGAAAGUAUGUGCCGCUCCCAGGAGACAAAGACAACCUGGCCGUCCAGACCCGUGGAGGCCCGGAAAAACACGAGGUUACUGGCUGGGUGCUAAUUUCUCCUCUUACCAAGAAUGAGGACGGCUCCUACGAGUGUCACGCCAGCAACAUCAAGGGCGAAGCUUCUGCUGUGGGCAUCAUCCACGUGGUGGAUUCCAUCAAUGACAUUCCUCCCAAGAAGGUGAAGGAUAGCGAGCUGUAAAAAGACGUGGACUCUGACUGAGAUGAUGAAUCGCAUUCGUCUGUGCACUGAGGACAAGCUCAUAGCAUCUAGUGUAAUCACUGCUCACACACACACCGCCUGAACCACAAACAGCAACUUGCACGUGGGCACUUUAUUCUAUAGAAGUUGUUCAGGCACACUCGCAAAAAAACAGACCCCGACAUUUGUAUUCUUUAACUCACUCUACAAUCUCUCUCCACAGAACAACUUUAUACUGUAAAGCGCCGAUCGACCAUCAGAGCGAUUGAAUCAUACACGUGAAUACAUAUCUCCAUGCAAACAUUCAGGCGUGAACACUGAAUGCAUUUGCGGCACUCAAAUAUCUCAUCUUCACUUAUCAUAUGCAUGCUUUGCGUGUUUUUGGGGAUACAAAUAUUGUACUAAUUUCUUUAGUUUUCUAUUUUGUUGAUGAUUGAUGUCUAUGGUCAACUGUAUUUGUGCAAACUUUUGGACGAUGUUCCUUCAAAAAAGCUUCAAGACUAAUCUAAAUCAGAGUUGCCCUGCAAUAAAGGCAAGGGCCACAAAUCUAACUUGACUGAGGGCCAUAGGUAAAUGUUUCAUUAUAUGAAAAUGUAAAGCUCACUUAUAUGAUCUGCCUUUAAAUGCCCAAAAAAAGUUAAAACAAAAAAUCUAGUAAAUCAAAACGACAGAGAAAAACUGCAUUUUUUUCAGCUUAUGACAUGACAAGUUCACUAAACAAAUUACAAAUAUUGUAGUUCAGAGUUUAGAUUAAGUUAAGUUUUGGUUAAGUUAAGAAUUAACAGCUCAUUUAUCACAGCUAUAGACUUCCUACUAUUCUGUCGAUUCCUAAACUGCAUUAGAAUUAAAUGUUGUCCUCUAAAAGUCUGAGCAUAUAAUGCAUUUGAUUGUAUGUUUUGAUAUUUGUAUACCACCAAUGAAUAAAGAUGUACUUUGAAAGGCA